AUGGCAUCCACACAGCAACAACAGCCGCAGCGGGUCGCACUCCCAGACGGACGGGCCCUCUCGUACGACCUAUCGGGCCCGGAGUCGAAGCCCGUCGUCCUCUUGGCCAACCCGCUCUCGGCACCAUUCGCGCUCUGGGACCGCGUCAUCGAGGUUCUCCACGACAACGGGUUCCGCACGCUGCGCUUUGACCAGCCCGGGCACGGCAAGUCGUCGGCGCCCAAGGCCCUCGACACCGAGUUCGAGACGAUGGCUGACGAUGUGCACUUCCUCGUCACCUCGCUCAAGGUCGACAGGCUAUUUGCGUGGGUGGGCGUGUCGAUGGGCGCCGCGACGAGCUUCUACUUUGUCACAAAGUACCCGGGCAUCGUGCGCAAACUGAUCAUCUGCGACACCAUCAGCUCGUCGCCCAAGCUGGCCGGCGUCGAGGACACGUUCGGCGUGCGGGCCAAGGCGGCGGGCGAGGCGGGCAACAUGCAGGAGCAGGUGGAGCAGACGAUGGACCGCUGGUUCGGCGCCGACUGGGUCAAGGCCAACCCGGACGAGGCGAGCCGCGCGCGGGCCAUCAUGAACCAGACUACGGUCGAGGGCUUCCAAUCGUGCUGCCACGCUCUGCAGAGCGACAAGUUCGACAUCCGCCCUCUGUUCGAGAGAGUAGGCUCGGGGGUGGACGAGGCGUUGCUAAUAGUGGGCGAGAAGGACGCCAACCUGCCGCAGGCCAUGGAGGGAAUGCGGGAAAAGGUCGAGGCGGGAUUCAAGGCGGCGGGCAAAGAGAAGAAAAUUGAGCUCAAGGUGAUUCCAAAGGCGGGCCACGCGCCGUUUGUCGACAACUUUGGGCAAUUCAAUGAGGUGUUGUUGGACUAUCUCAAGGCCUGA